AUCAGACCAUGACCUGAAGUCCGCGAAAGUCUAUUGCUUAACCAACUGAGCCACCGAGGCGCCCCUGUCCUGAGGUUUUAGCAACAGAAUCUAACAAGCAGGCCAGGGGCUUAGACAGGGAGAGGAGCCUACUCAGUGCCCAGGUUUCUAACCACUUCUCUGCAGACCCCGUUCCCCAGGGUCCCACGCGGGCCAGACGCACACGUGCCGAAUGCCUGCUUGCUGCAAGAUCGGGUGAAGGGGUGAGUGAUGGUUGUGGCCAGAGUAUCUGCGUUUUCAGAGGGAGGCCUAGCACCUCCCCGAGUCCGCUGAGGCCGCCCCAGCCAUGAGCCGGGUCUGGGUGGCCAGGGAGGGGUUGCUGCCUGACUGUUCUAGACACAAGCUUGGAUUGUGCUCCUUCCAAGGGCUUCUGGGAAAACUGCCUCUGCUGGCAGCUCUGCCCUUAGGCCCGAGGCCAAGAACCUCUGAACAAAUACUGUGCUGCUUCGCAGGCCUAGGAGAGGAGUGCAGGCUUCCUGUCUGCGGGGUGCCUGCCGGGAGGCUCCUUCCCCAGGAUGCAGGAUCCAGAUCCCGUCCGUCCGGAUCCCGGACCCCGUCCAGAGCCCCUCCGGAUUCGGUCGGGAGGAGACCACGCCUUUGUGCGGCCCUCGCUUCCAGCCUCCCGCAAAGAGAAUGUCCAUCGCUCUGGACGUCUAGCGUCCCCAGUGACAACCUGGGAGAGCCAGCACAUCACUCCACACAAAAAGGCCACGUCCCUGUCUCUGAAUGGACAUGCGACCUCCCUGCCCCCCCCACCCCCCGCCGAAUAUCUGUGAAACCAACACUUUUAUCCUUCUGCCCCAGGUUUGGAAACCAGGAGCCCCUGGACAGACCUGCAGGGGCUGGAGGACUGAGCCAUUGGUACUGGAAGGUUCCAUGCCUACCCCGAGGAAGCCGUGUUAGCAGUAAGCAGGGCCGGGCCAGCCUGCGCGUGCCUCUCUCUGAUCGGGAGCUGGUAGGAAAACGUAGACUGGAGAUGAGGAACAGGAGACUAUGGAGCGGAAAGAAGGAGUGGGGGCUGCAAACUCUGCGGGCACCGAUAUAAAACCUGUGACUACUGGGGCGCCUGGGUGGCUUACUCGG